AUGAAGAUUAUUUCUCGUGCUCAUGGCAGUGCAUUGCUCUUGUUAGCUGUGCUCUUGAACUUGGCUCAAAGUGCGCCUCAACCCAUACCGCAGAACGAUAAUAAAGAGUCACCAGCCGACAAGGCCAAGAAAGUGCCUCAAGGUAUUAGCCAAGCCAAAGAUGGCUCCGUCAUUCUUGAUACUACGGAGAUGGUAAACGGGCUUGAGAUCCGCUUCCGCAUCAGUGGCCCUGCUGGACAGUUCACCAAAAUGAGUAAAGUUCCCGGAGGGGGGAAAGAGCCCGACUCAAAGGGCGACAUCGGCCUCCAUGUUUUGCUACAUGGUGACAGUGGACAGUCUUUCUUUGAUAUGCCAAACCAGGGCGUCAAGAAUAACUUGGCUGGUGUGACUGUCCUCGCUCCUGACAAAAACCUCCACUGGGGCGGUGGUAGAGGCUUCAACCGAACCAAUGGAGUGGCCCACGCACAAGCUGUCAACGACCUUGUCCAAAAGACGCUGCCUAAGUACAUGGCAUUCAAUGCAUCUAAUGUAUAUUUCACUGGCAUCUCUGGCGGCUCGCUCAUGCUCUCUGGGUACUUCAUCCCAGCUCACUUGGGCAAUUUUGCGGGCAACGGUGUCAUGUUAGGAUGCGGCGCGAUGGAGCCUCGGGUAACCAUCGAGUCAUCGUCGCGUGACGCUAUAAUGAAAACUCGAAUUCACUAUCAGUCUACUCAGAAGGAAUCCCAGAACCUUCAAGGGUCUAUCAAAGCCGCCAUCAAGGUCUAUGAGCAGGUCGCUGCGGACAAAGGAAUGAAGAAAGACAAGAUAAACAAGCUUCAAACGGCCAACAACAAACCGAACGGGGGGCACUGCCAGUUCGAUGGGAAAGGAUUCGCUUCUGGAAUUCAACUGAUUUCUGAUAACUAUCCUGCGAUUAUGCAGCGGGGUGGAAAUGGCAACGUGCCAGGAAUCGGAAACGUCUUACAAGGCGUUUCAGGGCAAGAGCUGAAGUUUAGCGGCGCAAAUUAG